GCUCCCUUAAAGAAAGGCAGCUCAGACAAACAAGGAUGGAAGACACAGAUGGCAGCCCUAUCUAUGAUACUAUCCAAAAAGAGACAUAUGAAGUCCCUGAUGAUCCAGAAGAAAAUGAAAAUAAUUUUUAUGACCAGAUUUGCAAUGAUGAGUUAUCCUUAGAUUCCACCACCAGUGAAAAAAUUACAUAUGUUAAUGUCCAAGAGACUUCAGAGAUUGCUGAGUAUGACUCUGUGUCUUCCUUCUGGGGUAAAGAUGAGGAGUACAGCAUGGUGUUUUCUCAUCAAGGAGAAGGAACUUAUGAGAAUCCUGAAGAAGUCUAUGAGCAGGAUGAAGAUUCCCAUCCACAGUCUGAGAAAGCCUAUGAAUCUCCCGAAGACAUUGAUCAACUACCUGAAUCAGUCUACCAGAGAUUGAAUAAAGUGGACAAGAAACCUAAAGAAAUGUAUCAGCGACCAGAGCAAAGAAUCUACCAGCUGAAUGAAGAUAAAUCUGAGAAGAGCAGUCCAUAUCCUUACUCAGAUGAUGAAGGGAUGGGCAGGACUUUCUCAGGGCACCCAGUGCUCUCUCCCACUAGCUUCAGCUUGCAAUCCACCAAAACCUCCACCAGCUUGUUCUCCAGAUCUGACAGCUUGCUUGCAGAAAAAAACUUUUCCAAUGACCCUGAAAUCAAUCUCUUCGUUAAGGCUGGAUCAGAUGGUGAAAGCAUUGGAAACUGCCCAUUCUCUCAGCGUCUCUUCAUGAUCCUGUGGUUGAAAGGGGUUGUGUUCAAUGUCACCACUGUGGACCUGAAAAGAAAGCCCGCUGAUCUGCAUAACCUGGCCCCUGGGACCCAUCCACCAUUUCUGACAUUCAACGGGGAUGUUAAAACUGAUGUCAACAAGAUUGAAGAGUUCUUGGAGGAAACCUUGACUCCACAAAAGUAUCCCAAACUGGCUGCUAGACACAGGGAAUCCAACACAGCUGGGAUUGAUAUCUUCUCCAAGUUCUCUGCAUACAUUAAGAACACAAAGCAACAAGAUAAUGCCUUUCUUGAACGAGGCUUGACAAAGGCAUUGAAGAAAUUGGAUGAUUACCUAAAUACACCCCUGCCUGAGGAGAUAGAUGCAGAUACUUGUGGAGAUGAUGAGAAAAUCUCCAGGCGUAAAUUUUUGGAUGGGGAGGAGCUGACCCUUGCUGACUGCAACCUGCUACCCAAACUCCAUGUAGUCAAGAUUGUAGCCAAGAAAUAUCGCAACUAUGAGAUUCCUGCAGAGAUGACAGGUCUAUGGAGGUACCUCAAGAAUGCCUAUGCACGAGAUGAGUUCACCAACACCUGUGCAGCUGACAGUGAAAUCGAGAUGGCUUAUGCUGAUGUAGCCAAGCGACUCUGCAAAUCUUGAACAAUCUCUCGCCCCAUCUUGCCUCUGUUGCAAAAGAACUCAUUCUCCACCAAAGACUCCUGCUUCACAGACUCUUCUUCCCUAUUGCCUUGGGAAAUUUUAUAAUUUUUUUCAUUACCAAACUUGCUGAUGUCAUCAUAACAUCAGCUUGCUGUCUUUCAGAAAGAUCUAGAGUUCAUCCGGUUUUGCCCAUUGUGGAAAUUGAAGGGCAGAAUUGUGAAAUCCCAUUGGUUAAUCUCUUUAGACAACGGCCUGACUUUGGUUUAAGCCACGUGCUUGAAGCCUCUCACACUUGGAAUUGUUUAGCUGGCUAUUCUGCCAACAUCUCAAACCAUGUUUUUGAGUGCAUUAGGAACAUGUGACCAACGCUGGCUUCCCUUUCCCCCUUUUUGUUGACCCCAGUGACUAAGAAUAUGAGCUGCUUUUAAGUACAUCUUGUUAGAGGCAAUAAUUUUGCCUCAACAAGAAAGGUACUCGUGUGUGACAAGGAUGAGGGUGGGGGUGAUUGCUGGAUUCUGGCAGAUAUGCUUUCAGCCAGGACUUUUGAGCAACCUCUUGCCAGUGAGUCCUAUACUUAGUCACUGGUACAGCUGGCUCAGCUGCUACUUUUGGUGCUGGUAAUGUUGUUAUAAUGCUGCCCAGCAGUAACUAAUCUAAACUUUCACAUGUCUCAGACUAUGGUGAAAAAGAGGGUGAAUACAUGAUUUUCAACCAGUGUAAUUGCAGGCCAAGGGAAAAGUAAGUUAUCCAGAGGGAGGAGAGAGUAAAGGGAUGGAGCAAUGUUGAUGCCAAAAGGCCCACUGGGUCUGCCUGCCAGUGGGGAAUGCUUGAGCACUGAUAUUUGCUUGCCACUGGGUUAGGUAUAUUUAUCAAUGUAUAUGUUUUGAUCCAUGGGAAUAAAAGAAAAAAAUUAGUUCUCUCCAGGGUUUAAGUGCUGAAAUCUGCCAGGCAGGUCUUGGGAUGAUUUAUAUCUCAUUACCACCAAAUCUCCACUCAAAGAACUAAGAAACAGCCAAAAGAUUUUCCUUUAGUACCUGCUGGUUUCCUUUGUCUAUUGACUCUAAGAUGAAUCCAUCUAGUUGUUUCUGGAUGAUUCAUUUAUAUUAGUAGAAAUUUCCACUGGUACCAUUGAUACCAGUUGUCCCACUUGGUACCAUUGAGUCUUGAAUAACUUAAGGAGAAAUUCCUUGAGAUUUUUAUACUGAGGGAGCUAUGUGUUUUGAACUCAAGAGUUCAAUAUGGUUUAUGUCCCAUUUGGUAGAAUAUACCAGUUCAUCCAAGUCAUGUUUCCAGCCUUGUCAGAGAAUAAAUAUAUAAGGUGUCUGACAUCAGAGCUAUAACCAAGGCAGGGUGACCAAAGUUUGAUCCAUGGGCACCAAACUUUAGAGGGCACUGAAAAUACCAUCUCAUAAGUGCUCUUUCUUUUCCUCUCAUCUAAGCUGCUCCUUUACUUGUCUCAAUUUUAAUGAUGGUGGUCUUCUUUUGGAAUGUGCUUCUUCCCCUCAGUGGCCACUCUUGAGGCUAGCUAUUCCACUUUCCUUUGACUUCCCAUCUUGUUCCUGGCCCCUCCCUCCAUUUUUACCUACAAAAAAUUCCUUGCUGUGGUUCCGACCAACAUUUUGCCUAUAUCACUUCCCCCUCAUAAUGGAAGGAUUCUGUGAACAGGGAGCUUAAAAAAUGAACUGCCCACCAGCUGUGUGUCUCCCAAUGAAUUCAUUGUGAGGAACACUAUAGCAGGGCAGGGACCAGAUCCUUCCUUAUUUACUGCCUGCUGGUAAGAGUGAGAAGGUUUAAAGAGUACCUCAAAACCACUAAACUUGAUUCAACGUUUCCCACAAUGGUCAAUACAGACAGGUAUUGGUCUCUCCAUGGGAACAGCACCAAAUAGUGGCAACAGAGAAGAGAAUCUCCCUUUCCCCUGGGAUUUUGGAAGGGGAAAUGACAUCUUGAUCAGAAGACAGAGAAGGAAAAGGAUGUACCUUAAUUCUCAGUAUUUUGCCUUUUGCCUGUAGAAGGAAAUGACUCAGUGAGACUUUUAUAAGCCCUGGGGGAGUGAGGGGUGGUGGAGGGAAAGCAGGGUUGAAAAUAGAGAAUGAGCCAAUUCAGUUCUCCAUCUCAAAGAACCUUUCCACGGGCUCCAUGGAAACCCUGCAACUUGAGAUGUUUAAACAUGAGUCCUGAUGAGGAAAUUAACCAUUUUUACUAUAGGAAAACGUUCUGAAUUGGACUCUGGGGGCUGAUGACCUGAAUGGUCCCGGAGGUCUUUUAAUUAGUGUGAAAUCCUGUCAUACUCAGAAAUGCUUCCUUAGCCUUACAGAACAAACUAGAUGAUCUGGAAAAGACUUUACAUUGCUCCUUUCUAUGAGCUUCCACACCCUCACCCUUCUUUCCCUUAAAAGACCUUUGAUAGUGUGUACACAGGGACCUACUGUCAGUUCCAAGGCAAGCAGCUUUAGUGAGAGUUGUAAAAGGAAUAUGCAAAUAACUCUGAUGGAUAUCCCAAAGCCAAUAGCGAGAAAAUCUCUUAAAAAUAACAUCUUUAAGGCCAAUUAUGAUCUUGAUUCUUGAGGUAAUCCCAUGUAUAAUCAUCAUAGUCAAUGACUGAGCAUUUACAAUGGCACUUUUAAAUAAUACUUAAAUAAUACAUAUUUGAUUAAUGUCCAUUAAAAAUAAUAUCUUAAAACUGGAAUGAUUGGAGCAAUUAAAAAUCAGCAAGGUAUAGUGGAAGCUCUGAGCUGAGAGUCAGAAUAUUUGGAUUUUCAUAUUUGAUUUCUAAGUCACUGUGUAGCUACUAACAACUUAUUCCCCUCUCUAGACUUAAUUUUCUUUAUCUGUGAAAUAAGGAGAUGAAUCAUAUGAUCUCCAUGUUCUUAGCACAUUGACCUUUUAUAGUUCUAAUCACACCAGAAAUUUUAUUCCCUAUUCAUUGUUUUGAAAAUCCUUGCAUUCUCCUUUGGAAAUUUGCUUAAAGACCUGCUGAUUAUCAUAUAUACUCUGCUCACUAUUACAGUCUUAAUGAGAGACUGAACCAGCUCUAGAUCUGUUUCUAUGGACUAAAUUUCUAUAAUGAAUUAAAGUUAUUGAGGAAGCCAAAAAAGAAUUAGGUCUUUCAAGGAAACAUUAAUAACAUAAAUCAACCAUGAUAAGAGAAAUAUGAGUAUCCAUAGCCAAAUUUAAGUUGACUCCACAGAAAUUUCCUCUUGAAUGCUUCUGUGAGACAACUUUUGUACCUUCUUAAUGAGAGUAUAAAUCGAAGAUAUUACUUAGACAGAUACAACAUUAAUCCCAUGAUUAUAAUAGAGUUGUUUCCCCAAGGUUCAUUUCUUCAUUUUUUGUGUUUGACAUUGCUACCUUUCAUCAUUAUUUUAAAGUUUUAUUUGGAGAGUUAUUUUUUAUUUUCUCUGAAGUGAUCUUUUCUGGUGGUGAGAGAACUUGUUUCAAAUUCAUGUGAUCUUUUGAAUCAUUCUAUGUUUAAGAAAGAAAAUGCCAAUCUAUUUGGCUUCUGAGUUCAAGUCCAAUAACUAUACAUUGUAAUCCUCUUGAUAAAUAAAAGAACUAAAAAUGUGAUGUUACCCCAUCCCUUCCAGGUUCAUAUCAGAGAACUGUUACAUACCAAGCUGAUACUAGAUGUGUUAAAGCAGAAGCCAUCUUCCAUAGCAGAAAUUAUGUUUCUUUAAAUUAAUAUUUGGUUGAUUUUUUUUAAAGCCCUAUAGGUGAAGCCUAGAUUUAAGGAGACAAGCACUUAUUACCUGGUUCUCUUAAUAUAAGAGCAAAUUCUCUUAACAUAGGCUAUGCCAGCCUAUAUUAAGAUAGCAGCAAUUCAAUAGAGAUGAUUGAAUAUUCUUCUUCUAUUCCGAGCCUCUGACAGACCCUACUAAAUCUAUAGACUGAUAUAACAAUAAUUAAUAUUUCUCCAUCUCACAAGAAAGAGCAUUUUGUUUGCAGACAUACUCCAAUACAAAGUCAUCUGAUUCUCACUAGACCUUUAACUGUGGUAAUAAAUAAUAGGACUUUGUUGUGAAGCCUCAAUAAAUGUAAUAUGCUUUUGAAAUGAAGGAAAAAAAAGGUUUUUUUUCUCCCCAUGGAUCUAAACUGCUUAUAAAAUUAUUUCCCAAUUUUGAUUGGUACAUGAUUCAAAUAAAAUUUGGUUUAUUUUCAAAUUCAA